AAAUUCCCCAUGUUCUCAAGUGGAAAUACGCAGCCCUUGGAAGAAGCAUUGUUUACUACCACUCUGGCUUUUAGAUUGAACCUUUUUCUGCCCUUUCAAAGUCUAUAUAGUCAAAAUUAUUUGUCAAUUACAGUCUUGCAGUAAAUCCUUGAAUAUUCUUUAUGAGAUUUAUUUAUGCUGCGGUUUGUGGUGCUGGUGAGUCUCAGCAUAUCAUGCAGACAGAUAAUUCUGACAUUCAGGGGUUGAAAUAUUAGAAACACUUCUAAAAACGGAACAUAACCUUCAGUUACAUGUUACUUACUACUUGUAUUAGAUGUACUUAAAGUUGGACCCCUACUUCACAUUCACGAUUUUUUUUUUUAAAAUUCUAUUAUUACAGUCUUGGUAGAACUUUCUGUAUUAAAUUUUUGUUGCUUGACUGAACAUAGAUCUUGGGAAAUAGUUCUGAGGAAAUCGUUUCACCAUUGACUGAUCACAGUUGUGCUGGGAAAAAGUCAGUUCAUAUGUACCAGACAUUAACUCUCCCACAGUGCAAAGGGAAGCACUUACUCAUAAAAAUGUAAAUUAAUGUACACUUGCACAUAAAGUUGUAACAAUUUUGUUUUCAGAUGCAUUCCUCUUUGUAUUCCCAUUUAUACACAUUAGUAAUCACCUUUCACCAGACUGCAAUGAUCACAUACUGAGUCCCAGUUACACUUUAUCAAGAAUAAAUCACAUUUUCACAAUUACUUCAUGAGAAGAGGUAAGAAUAUUUUACUCCACCUUUAUGAGCAACAGUGUAGAUGUACAUUGCAUUGUUACCAGGAUGGUAGUUGGACAAUCUGUUGAUGCUGCAGCAAAGAUGCUCAUAAAGUUCAGGUUUUACUCCUGGUUUUGGUUUGAAGUCUUGGUCUUUGGAGGAUUGAAGAUAUACAAAUGCAUAUGCAAAAAGACAUCAACACAACCCUGACUGAUAGAUCAACGAAGAAUUAAUGAGACAUUUAGAAAUGGGACAUAUGAAUAGACAUGAUGUUAAUUUCUAUCAGAAUCCAUAGUGUUUCUAAAGGAUUGUGCCCAGAAUGGAACUGAUCACUAUUGUAAUGCUCUUAACAAGCUGUUAAAUAACAACGUCUUUAAUGGUGAGGGUUUAUGGUGUCCCCUCCUCACGUCCCCUGCACUUUUAAAUCUGUCCGACCCGUCUGGACCUCCUCCUUUGUCCUCAUAUUGUUAGACGGAUGCCAUCUGCUCCUGUUAUUACAGACGGCUUUAGAGCUGAGUUCACUCCACUUCUGCUGCUCCCUUUCGCCUUGCUUUGGGGCUCAAAAGUCCUUCAGUAUUUACCCACUAUUUAUACUUUCCUAACAACUGCUGGAACCCUUUAGGUUAUGUCUUUUUUUUAAUUAUUUAUUUUCCGGGUGCUAAAUUCUAACGGAGCCGAUGUUUUAUUCUAACGGGGAGUGGAGGGUUGCCCGGUGACGUCAGCGUCCCAACAAGAGUGCCCCCUUUUUUUGGGACCAGGCAGUGGAAAGAAAUCAAACAGGAUGCUUUUCACUGUCGAUCUGGGCUCCUGCAGCCGAACGUAGCCCUAACCUUCUGUCCGGAACACUUUGCCAAAUGUGAAAGUUUGUCUGGAGGAUGUUUCGAAGAGCACCACUAUUAAAAAGAGCCGACAAUGAAAACGUGGACUCUGGAGCUGAAACUGCCGAAUCUGACUGCAGCAGGAUGUCCACAUCUGGCAUGGACAUCAUGACCAGGCGACUCAGACAGCAGCGACAGCAACAGUUGUUGUUAAUGAACUUGCAUUUGCUGGCUAACCCUGGAGACUCCCUGCUGCUGCAGCACACCCUGGACCGCCUGCUGCGCUGGCUCUGCCCAAGCCUCCGCAUCUUCCAUGUGUCAGAGAGAGCCUCCCCAUAUAGAACCUAUCCUCGCCUGUGUCCUGUGGCAGGUUACCCGUCUGUGGCUAUCACCUUCUUCCUCCAUGAAGCUUAUGGAGAAGAGCGGAUCCUCAAGGUGCUUGACUUUUUCCAGCGCCCACCCUGGCAGUAUCACCGCACUGAAAGCUGUGGCAACCGAACUGGAGGGAUCCACAUCACUUCUAGUAGCUCACCUGCCAACGCCUUGCUUCGGCCCUAUCUCCUGCCUAGCAGAGACUUUUACAGCCUGGGUGCAGGGAUGCCUGUGUGGGGGGUUCGACCAGUACACUGUGGAGGAGAAAUAUUACGUGUGACACUGUACAGUGGAUACGACAACUACGAGGAUGCGGUGCGACUCUAUGAGACAGUGUUACAGCGACAGGCAGAGGAGCAGAAGACAGGCUUCUGCUGGUUCACUCUCCACACAGAGCCAGGGCUGUGCCUGCAGCUGGCGAUAAAGCAGUUGUCACCAGGGGUUCGGGUGGAGCCGUGCAAUUCUGCCGUGCUGCAGUUUAGUGUGGAAGAAAUCGGCCAGUUGGUCCCUUUGCUGCCUAAUCCCUGUACCCCUAUCAGCACUACACGCUGGCAGACUGAAGAUCUGGAUGGAAACAAAGUCCUCUUCCAGGUGAAAACCCCAGUUCAGCCCCAGAGACCCUUGACCUGUGCUUUCCCCUUGACCUGUCCAAAUGUUCCCCCCCGAGGAAUUCAGCUCAGGGGCACAGGACAGGGCCACAGUCUGUCACCCAGCAGCCUCACAACCCCCCUGCUCUGGCAAACACACAAGCAAGAACACAAACUGCGCAGUGACUCGGGUCAUGAGAGGCUUCAUGGAGGUGAUGGCAGAGCAGAGAGUUUUGGGUCAGGAAGCUGCUGCAGCACCCCCCCAGGCAGCUCCUGUUACUCAUCCCAGCGCAGCAGCCCUGCCCCAAUCUCCACCUCCAAUCAGCCCGACUCUCCUCUGCGGCUCCCCAUCACACGCUCCCUUUCCCAUCUCCUCCUCGAGGAGGACGAGGAGGAGGCGGAGACGAAUGUAGACACAGGAGUCCCUGUCUCACCUCGGUCUGUCACGGCAGUAAAAACGAUUACUCGCUCUUCCUCUGUGGACCUUUUGAUGACUCUCCACUCAGAGAGGCCUGCGGCUGUCGGGGCUUCAGCUGUUGAGGUUCUGGUCAAGGAGCUGAGUGAAUGUCUACCACGGACAUACACCCACUGUCAAGAGCCCGCUGGCACGUGGGGUCUCUGUGGUUCAGAUUCAGUGAGGGGGAGCUGUGGCAGCAGGACGGUGGCAGCUGGACAGAGCCCCUCCAAUGGGACCGACAGGACUAUUGUUGAGCCCCGUACCAAGCUGCUGUCAGCAAACACACACAGUGAGGAGCAGGUGGAUGAGUUCUUCAUCUAAAUGUCUGACACUAUGCUGUGGGAAUAGUCACAGUGCAAUGCAAAACAUAUCACAUGAAGGAGACUGAUGCAAAUGAGGACACAGCUGUGGACACAGAAACCAAAGUUCAGCUGUGUGUCUGCAUUCUGAAAAUGCUAGGACUUUCUCUUUAAUUUCCACAAAUUACAACUGAUUGUACUCCACGCACCGGCUCUGAUAUUAAGGUGAGUGAUGUUUGAAGUGCAGGUAAGAAUACUAUUAUUGAAUGUCUAAGGCACUUGUAUGUAUUUGGGUCCAGUGAUUUGGUCUAAUGAUUGGUGCAGCUAUUGUGUUAAAGUGUAACCCUGUGAAUAACAAAUAUGGAGGACAUGUGUUGCAUUAAUGUUCAGUGUUUAUGUUGUGGUUCUAAAGUCAGUCUAGGUUUCUUUAUCGAUUACACCACAGCCAGUUUCCUAUUUUUGCAUUGCAUUUGAAGUGGAUGAAUACGAGCAUAAUGUGACCUACUUAAUGUUACUGUUGAUUCGUUAGAGCUGGUUUAGUCUGACUGUUCACUAUAUGCAUCAUUCUCAGUCUGUACCAGCCAACACAAGCCGUAACAUCACAAAAGUAAUUCAGUGACCAUCAGUUAUAUUAAAUGUAAAUUUGUUGGUUGCACUUAAAAGAAGUUGGAAGUUUAUGAAUUAAUUGUAGACUACAUUUGUGUUAUGACCCUGCACACCAACUAAGCAGGAUAUUGUUUUUCCUCGUGUAUGUUUGUAUGUGUGAGAAUAACUCACAAACAAAAACAGAUUGAUCCUUAUGAGACUAGGUAGGUGUACUGAGUAAAUAUCUAGAAGUUAUUAGAUUUUCAGUACUUUUAUCUUAAGAAUGAAUGGACCUGUGAAGAAAGAAAAAGGUUGUGUCUAUUGUAAGAGAAGGGUAUUUUUUAACCACACAGGGUUUGCAUCCCCUCAUAUGCACUUGAUUUUAUGUUCUGAUGUCAAAGUACUUAUUUAAGUCAAAGUGGAUUUUUUUUUCUCCAUUUGUGCUUCCUCAAAUAACCUAUAACUCAUAAUUAGGAAAUUCAUCCAGUCAAAUAUUUAUAUUACUGUGUCUCAAAGCAAAGCAACCUAUCUGCAUCCUCAGCAUGAGGAAAUGUUAAUUACUGUAAGGGCACCAAAAGCUGAGGGAUCAGCUUACUACAGUGAGAGAUUAAGUGAAACUUCACAUUCUGAUGUUCACAUAUGUUGUAAAGUGGAAUUACCUUUAGUGGGUGGCACUGAACAGAUGGUCAAACCCACCCCCUUUGCAGUGUUCAUGAUCAGUGUGACCUACAGACCUGUUAUGUAUGUCAGAUUAUGUCAUGUAUGGAAGAAUAUGAUGCAUUUAAUGACAAAAUGUCGUGUCGCUUUAGUUUGUUCGACAAAACCACUUAUGUUACAUUUAUUCAGCUAAAACUUGAAUGAAAUCCUCCUCGAUUGAGCUCAAUCUUAUAUUCUCCUGUUUUUCUUAUGUUUUAUGGUCAGUAUGUGGAAAAAAGAUGAUUUAGUAUGAACUGUUAUGUUGAUCUUCCUAUGCUUCAUCAGGGGAUUGUCAAUUAAUGAGGCAGCUCAUGUGAUUAACUGUGUAUUAUGUCUGCGAAAACAGAGCAAACAUGCUCUUUCAGGGGGAAAUCGGCUGUGAGACUCAAGCUGCCAAACCGUCCAGAGAUGGGGAGAAAUGUCUGAUGGCUUAGAACUAAAAUAAAUAAUAGGAAAACA